GACGAAAGUAGAGGAUGGCGACCAUUGUCAACACGCCUGGAGGCCGCCGCGUGGACAGUUACAGAGAGGUAAAGUUGUUUGUUGGGAUCUAGGCAGCAAUAAGAUGGAAUGCGGCUCUCUGUGAGAAUCUCACAGUUGCUGGCAGUUGUUUUUCCAGUGAAUAAGUGAAUGAAGGGAAAGGGGGGUGGCCAAUCACCGAGGGGCUUGGCAGCAAUUGGGAGGCUGUGUGGCUGUGUUGGGAUGACGCGUCUCCUCAAGUGGGGAGACUCUCUCUCUUUUCCUCUUAUUCACUUGUUCGAAGAAGAUAAGAUGGUGCCCAGAGAUGCAUCUCUCAUCAGAAAGCCUCGCGACGGAAAUAAUCACUACGAAGCUACUACCAUGACCUGAAACACACCUUCUCUCCCGAACCGGAGCUCGUCCAGUCACGACAACAUCAUGGAGAUGCUCGUGUUCCACCGCACAUCAAUCUCAUUGGGUAGCAAUUGGUGAAGAUUCCCUGCUUGCAUGGAAAGAGCUCGCAACAAGCUGGUGCCGUAGUGCCGCAGAUGUGGUUCUUUUCGAUGGCCGCUGAAUGGCUGCAACCCUGCUGCCAACCCAUCGCCAACCUCUCCUCACAGCGUCCCCCGAAUAGGGCAGAUGUGCCCAGGGUACACAGCCCCUCUCUCGUUUCUCAGCUCUGGACUGGACAUCCACAUGGGAUGACGGUCUUUUUUGUUUUCUAUUUCUCUUUUUGUCUGAAUGCUCCGGCAUUGCAGUUGUUCUUUUGCAGAAAGAACCUCGCUUGUUAGGUUUAUUCUGCCUUGUCCACCACCAUAGUUUGGUUGGUGAAGCAAUCAAUGAUGGGUUGGGGGUCAUCUUCAAGAUGGCUUGCCAUCGCCCGAACACUGCAGCUUGCUGCGGCUUUAGUAUCGACCGCUCUACAUGGCUUCAACACCAUAUGGAUUCAUGUCAAGAAGCUUGGUAUGACACAGCACAUGGUCAUCCUUGAGCUGUUGAUCGUCCUCAUCACCGUGUACACCACCAUCGCCAUUUUGGUUCAACACUACAACUGGCGUUCCAUAACGGAGCCAUGGCUGGUUGCUUUUGUGGUUCUCGACUUGAUCUUUUGCGCCAUGACGAUGGUCAUCAUAUCCUUGCUUGCCUGGAAUGGCCUUCCUGUCAGUUGUGUCGGCCUCACGCGGCCAAAGGAGUAUCUGGCCGGCGAUGCCCUGAACGGGUUCUCGACUAAUGGCUUCACUGACGGGAACCAAAACAUGCCCGGGGAACUAGACAAGUUCUGCCCUCUGGAGCGCGCAUAUUUUGGGUUCGCCCACGCUUUGGUCUUCUUUUACAUUGCGACCAUUGUCCUCAACAUCGUCCGCAUCUUGGAGCUCAAGUAUAUCAAGAUUGGCAGUUCGGGGGAGGAAGAGGAGGUGAAUCUUAAGGCGGUCAAGGACCUCGAGGAGCCAUCACCCAUCUCCAGCGCCGCAAGAGUCAAUCUGGCGCCACCAGCACCACCAAGCGAAGGCAUCGUUUCACGCACUGCUUCUCUUCGAAGCACCACGACGGCCUCAACAUCGCGCCCCGCUUACUCGGCGGUUCCUGCUCGGGCUCACACAGCCGCCAUCCCACGGCGACCCGUGGGAGCAGGCGGUGCGGUGCCAUCGCCACACCGACGGCCGCAGUCGGAUGCUUUCAACCGAGUCUCUUUGGACGAAGAUAGCGAUAAUGCCGAAGCAGCGUUGGUGUCAGACGGCAUGAGGCAUCAGCACCGACAACCACCUUCGAGAGACUACGUCCCUCACCCACCACAUCAACAGCAGUACCCGCACCCACAUAAUCACCACCGGAUGCCCAGUUUGCUCGAGGAGGACCAGAUGACGACCACGUCUGAUAUGGAACACGCGUUGGUGUCGGAUGGGAUGAGGCCAUCAGCACCCAUGCUUCCACCGUAUGAACCGGGCAAUAGACGGACCAGUAUAGGUGGUUAG